AUGACUACCGAAAAUACCGCUUCCAGCAUUCCGAGUAAACGCACUACAUCAGCUCUCCAGAUGGGCCCCCGUAAAAAGGCCUCAACAUCCGAUCCCCUUAUCUCCCACGGGCGGCACUUCGGUCGAACAGUAUUCGCUCUGUGCAAUUUUCCUUCUCUGCUCAUCAACGGUAUCCUAAGAUUAGAGCAACUGGAAGAUACUUCACUGGAGGACUUCUCUGCUGAUGAGCGACAAGAGCAUCGUAGUGACUACAAACCGGGUCUGAGGAAGAACUCAUUCACGUCGAUCGGUAAGGGAGCCGCAGGUGCGAGAGGUGACGACACGAAGACAUUGAAGUCUGCGGUGCUUGAUUGGAUUUCUCCAAAAGGAGCAGCAAUCCAGCCUCCUUUACAUAGAAAUUCGAAGAUCGACUGUGGAUUCAAUCAUGAGCUUACCAGAUCGCUGCUUUGUCCCGCUGGGUUGGACUGGAAAGACUCAGAGACGAGAGAGAACCUCCGAAGCGGUGAAACAUUGGUAUGCGGAGAUCAAUGGCCCGUAUUUUUAUACACCAACCAUACUUACGAUGCUGAUGACCCAUGGUGUGGUCUUCUUAGGAAUCGCAUACUUGUAUCUGCUUACAAGCACGUUUUCACAUCCCCGAGUUCUGUUGAUAAAGAACCAAAAGCCACGCGAUCCGGAAAUGCUCGCCUGCACGGCAUGAAUGCGGUCACUAUCGCUUCCAUAUCUUAUAUUGCAACGCAGGUCCGAUUUGCUCUGAGUUCCUCAUCAGUGUUUUCACGGACAGAUACCACCACAGAUUCAGAGACGUUCUACCACAGUCUCCUUGACCUCCUCGAGGACCCUGAUGAAUCUGAGGAAGUCGACGAGCUGUUGACGUGGUGGAAUCGCCAAGUAUUUCCUACUUCAUCUGCCGCCAAGCGACCUAUCAGCGCCAACAGCGCCUUAGCAAAGAUUCGACUCAAACGCCUUGCAGUCAAACGAGCUGCAGAUCUAAACUCGUAG